AUGAAACCCAUCAUAUCUGCUGCGCAGUUACGAAAUGCACUCAAUUCGAUUUCACGUCAAACACCAUUGCAAAAGUUGAACGCAGCAAAGCCGUACAAUUACUUUUUGACAGCAAUCGAAUCGUCACCACAAACUCACACAGAACCAUUAAGCAUCACAUUCCAAGAACUUUUGCAUCCAUCUUUGGGCGAUAUCGAAUGGUCGGUACAAAUAAAUUUUGUUGUUGAAAUGGAGUUUUUACUUCGUCAAUACACAAUGGCUGGAUGUUCAGGUAAACCGUUAUUCAUUUUACAUGGAGACGAACGAAUUCCAAAUGGCACAAGAUCACAAGUGACAACGCAUUUUAUUAAAAUGAAUAGUGCGUAUGCAACGCAUCAUACAAAAAUGAUGUUGUUCGGAUACAAAGACGGAUCAAUGCGUGUGAUUGUUUCGACAGCUAACCUGUUUGAAGAAGAUUGGCGAAAUCAUGUUCAAGGCUUAUGGAUAAGCGAUCGAUUGCCGCCGAUAAAAUCAGAAAACAAAGCAUCAAUUGGUGGUGAGAGCGUAACGGGAUUCCGAAACGAUUUGGCCAAGUACUUGGAGGCAUACAAGUUGGCGCAUUUGAAUCCAUUUAUCAAACGUAUUCGCAACGCCGAUUUUUCUUCAGUGAACGUUUUUUUGGUAACAUCAAUACCUGGCACAUCCGAUCAAUGGACGAAUGACAAUGCACAUGGUUAUAGCCGGGUUCAAUGGCUUUUACAACGGCACUGUGAACCAAUCAACGAUACAACACCGCUUGUGGUACAAUGCUCAACUUUUGGUAACCUUGGUGCAGCAGGAAAUGGCUGGCUCAAUGAAUUCAAAACUAAUUUGUGUCGCGAUUCUCAAUCAAAUAUUGGACGUAAAAUGUCACCGAUUCAAAUAAUUUAUCCAACGAAAAAUAACGUUUUGCGUAGCUAUGAUGGAGCACAUGGCGGUGGUUCCUUAUUGUAUGAUCGGAGACGACAUGAAGCACAACAGUGGUUGAACGAAUUUUUGUAUCAAUGGCGUGCUAAUGAACGCCAUCGCACACGCGCUAUGCCACACAUCAAAACGUACGCUCGAUUCACCGAUCAAAAGUUGCAUUGGUUCAUUUUGACAUCAGCCAAUUUAUCGAAAUCAGCUUGGGGUUGGCAAAAAACGAAGAAAAAAUUUGAAGUGAGCAAUUACGAAGCCGGCGUUUUAUUUCUCCCAAAGUUCGUAACGAAAACGAAGUACUUCGCAAUGGAUGCAUCCGAUCAAACGACACCGGUAUUUCCGAAGGUCUAUGACAUUCCACUAAUAAGAUACCAGACAGAUGAUCGUCCAUUUUUCCGAGAAGAUGUUUUAGACGAUGUUCUUCCAAACGGCUGUCCCAUUGCUUGA